GGGACUGGGUCCUGGAAGAGCAAGGCGGGAACAAUGCUGGCCUGCCUGAGCAGGGGGAAUUUCCUGGAUAUCCUUCAGGAGGGUUUCACUGAGCAACAGUUACAGACCUAUGUGGCAUGGGUGAAUGCACAGCUGAAGAAGAGACCAGAGGUGAAGCCUGUGCAAGAUCUCCGACAGGAUCUUCGGGAUGGUGUCAUCUUGGCAUACCUGAUAGAGAUUGUUGCUGGAGAGAAGUUGAAUGGAAUGCAGCUGAGUCCCAGUAACCAACAGGAGAUGAAGAACAAUGUGGAGAAAGUGCUUCAGUUUGUGGCCUCCAAAAAGAUUCGAAUGCACCAGACUUCUGCUAAAGACAUUGUGGAAGGAAACUUGAAGUCUAUCAUGAGGCUUGUCCUUGCCUUGGCAGCACAUUUCAAACCUGGCUCCAGUAGGACGGUGAGCCAUAGAAGGGACUCCAGAGUCCCCAUGCAGAGUCAUCAACCACACUCUGCUGCUGCUGUGGCACAGGGUGCAGCUGCUGCUCUGGCAGAUGUAUGUCAUGACAUGUCACGGUCAGGGCGAGAAGUCUUCCGAUACAGACAGAGAAAUAGCAGCAUGGAUGAGGAAAUUGAAAAUCCAUAUUGGAGUGUUCGAGCACUGGUACAGCAGUAUGAGGGGCAUCAAGAACCCUCAUCUAAGGCCAGUUCCUCCAGUCUGACAUCACCAAGUCCGAUCCACAGUGCAAAGAGUGAGUCCAUUAUAUCUCAGUCAGAAGAGAGGGCUGAUUUUGUGAUUAUCCCUUCUGAAGGACAGGAGAACAGAACAGAAGAGACAGAUUCUCCAUUUCCCCGUGACUGGCUAGCAGGGAGCCCAGGAACAUAUCUAGAGACUUCAUGGGAAGACCAGCUGCUGGAGCAACAAGAGCACUUAGAAAAAGAAAUGGAGGAAGCAAAGAAAAUGAUAUCUGGAUUGCAGGCCUUACUGCUUAAUGGGUCCCUGCCUGAAGAUGAACAAGAGAGGCCUUUGGCUCUCUUUGAACCAGGAGCCAACCCUGAGGAACAACUGAUCAUAAUCCAGAGUCGUCUGGACCAGAGCAUGGAGGAAAAUCAGGACCUGAAGAAAGAGUUGCUGAAAUGCAAACAAGAAAUCAGAAAUUUGCAGGGCAUUAAGGAUGCUUUGCAACAGAGAUUGACCCAACAGGACACAUCCGUUCUUCAGCUUAAACAAGAACUUUUGAGAACAAAUAUGGACAAGGAUGAGCUACACAACCAAAAUGUGGACCUUCAGAGGAAACUAGAUGAGAGGAGCCGCCUCUUAGGAGAAUAUAAAAAAGAGUUGGGUCAGAAGGAUAGACUUAUACAGCAACACCAGGCCAAGCUGGAGGAAGCACUCAGGAAACUUUCUGAGGCCAGUUACCAACAGGUUGAUCUAGAACGAGAACUGGAACACAAGGAUGUCCUCUUGGCACAUUGUAUGAAGAGAGAUGUGGACGAGGUUACCAACUACAACAGUCAUAAUGUUCAAAGCAAUGGGUUUUUCCUUCCAAUGUCUGGGAAAGGAGCUGCCUCCACUGCCCAUAGAGGGGCCAAUGAUCUGCAGCUUGUCCGGGACGCCCUUCGGAGCCUUCGCAACAGCUUCAGUGGCCAUGACCCACAGCACCACACCAUCGACAGCUUGGAGCAAGGCAUCUCCAGCCUCAUGGAGCGCCUACAUGUCAUGGAGAUGCAGAAGAAACAGGACAGACGGGUUCGGGGCAAAUCACCAAGAGGUAGUGAAUACCGGGAGUCCUGGCCCCCUAAUUCAAAGUUGCCUCAUUCACAGAGCUCUCCCACCAUCAACAACAAUGCUUGCACUAAAGUGCUUUAUUUCACUGACCGUUCACUUACUCCCUUCAUGGUGAACAUACCAAAGAGGUUGGGAGAGGUGACACUGAAGGAUUUUAAAGCAGCUAUUGACCGGGAAGGAAAUCACCGAUACCACUUCAAAGCCCUGGAUCCCGAGUUUGGCACUGUCAAAGAGGAGGUCUUUCAUGAUGAUGAUGUUAUUCCUGGAUGGGAAGGGAAAAUUGUGGCCUGGGUUGAAGAAGAUCAUGGAGAGAACUGA